UCGCGCCGCCAGGGGACGCUCGAGCGCCAGGGUGGCCGUCGAGCGGCUGCCCGGCCUCCCCCAGCGUGGCGCCGGCCACCUGCCCGCCUCGCUCCUUUGGUUGCGCCUGGGGGCGCGCGGGCGUCGCAGAGCUUCGCCGGUCAGCCUCGCGGCGCUGGCAGCGGCCCCAAAGGGCGGCGGAGGCACACGUGGCGCCUGGGCUGUCGUGGCGAUGGCCUGGCCCCGGUGCGGUUUUUCUGCGACAACAUUUUUUUUUUCCCCUAUAAACCAACUCCGCAAGAGCUGUGUAGAUGCCAAAGCGUUUUCCUGGCCAUUAGCUUCGGGGCGCUUCUCCACACCCCGGGAAGACUGAAAAUGGUGUUUGGACUAUGCUGCCAGAGAGAGAGGCUCUACAAGUCCCUGUACAUAGUACAGGUCUUCGUUCUUGCAGGAGUGGUGUACUACUAUUUUCAGGAGUCUGUGGGGAAGCCAGUCCCGGACCAUGAGAUUGCUGGGGAAUCCUCACAGCCCGUAGGGGAGACCUUAAGGCCAGUGUGGGGGCUGAUGGAUAAGUGCUACCCUGUGACCACUCAGAGACGCAGAGUCAGGAGUGGGAAGAAGCAAGCCUCCGAGGCCAUGACCCCCGAGGCAACUGGAGGACUGAGUGAUGCUGCGAAGGAGGAUCCUGACAUCUUGGCUCAGCGUGAGGGGGAGGGGAGGGCCCCAGAGGCGGAAGCAGCCAGCUCCAUUCCCGCCAGGAGGGAGACGGCUGAGGAGGAAGAGGUGGCAGGGAUCCCAGACUGGGAGGAAAAUAAAAAGGUCCGUAAGGAGAUCGCAAUAUACCCUUCUGAGGCCUCUGAGGUGGCGAGUGAGGAGGAAAGGCCCGGGGCCUGGGUCCCCCAGCUCCUGAGGAGGCUCUGGCUGGGCUGGUUCCCAGCCCCUGACACCCGGAAGACACAGAACCACGAAUGACAAAGUAUCCAAUAAAUCCACAGUUACUGCUUCUGCAGACC